AUGCCUCGCACUGAGGUUGCUGAGCUGCCAGAAGUCGAAGAUCCUGAGGAAGAGUCAGGGUGGUCAAAGCGCAAACAUGUCCCUCAAAAAGGAGAAGACCAUGACACACUGGACAGUUGUCUUUGCAGAAUAGUUCUCAAUGGCUCGGAGGACGAGGUCCUUAAAUGCAAACAAGCUGGUUGUGAGACCCAGUGGUUCCAUCUCAAAUGUGUUGAACUUGGGCAAGCACCCUGGAACUGGGUCUGCGUGGCUUGUGCGGUGUCUGGGAGAGGGCACAGGGGGAAGCGCUCAUGCUGA